AUGAGCGACACUAAGACAGGAUCAAGACUUGCCGGCAAGGUCGCCAUCAUUACCGGCGGAGGGCAUGGCUUCGGUGAGGGCAUUGCCAGGAAAUUCGCCCAAGAAGGAGCCAAAGUCCUCAUUACCGACAUCAAUGAGACCGACGGACAAAGAGUGGCGCAAGAUGCGCCCGACUCGAUUUCCUUCUUCAAGGCAGACGUUACGAGUGCCGAGGACUGGGAGAAGUUGAUGGAGGCCGCACAGUCGCGCUAUGGACGAGUCGAUUGUCUUGUAAAUAACGCCGGGACGACGUACCAAAACAAGCCGACACUCGAGGUAACAGAGAGCGAGUUCGACAGGGUCUUCAACGUCAAUGUGAAGGGCAUCUUCCUCGGAACCGCGGCUUUCAUGCCUCGAGUCAUCAAGCAAGGCGAAGGUGGCGUUAUGCUAAACAUCUCCUCAAUCGGAGCUCUGCGCCCGCGGCCUGGACUCGUGUGGUACAAUGCCUCCAAGGGAGCCGUCUGCAAUGCAACCAAGGGACUGGCGGCUGAAUACGGUGCGCACAAGAUUCGUGUCAACUCCAUCUGCCCUCUUUUGACUGGCACUGGCCUAUUCGAAUCCUUCAUUGGUAUGAAGGACACGCCGGAAAACCGGCAGAAGUUCAUUGGCAACGUUCCCUUGCAGCGAUUGGGUGAGAUUGAGGACGUAGUAGAUGCCUCUUUAUUCUUGGCUUCGGACGAGAGCAAGUUUAUCACUGGUGUCAAUUUGGAGGUCGAUGGCGGUAGAGCUAUAUAA